CCUUGUUCGUUGCACGGCAAAUCGUCGUCGUCAUCGUCUCGUUCGUUCAAUCGUCAUUCGUUGUUAAGGCACGAGGAAGUGUAGAGCUUGUUUAAGUUUACUGAAAGUUAGAGUUGAAUUUUAUUGCAAGGAAAAUGCCGGCUAAAGCUGUCUGCGUAUUAAGCGGUGAUGUCAAGGGCACCAUCUACUUCGAGCAAAACGACGACUCGAGUCCGGUUAAGCUUACCGGCGAAGUAAGCGGUCUAAAGCCGGGCAAUCACGGCUUCCAUAUUCACGAAUUUGGCGACAACACUAACGGAUGCACUUCGGCUGGACCCCAUUUCAAUCCGCACAAAAAGGAACACGGUGCUCCGGAUGCCGCCGAGAGACAUGCCGGCGAUUUGGGCAAUGUAGUGGCCGAUGACAGCGGAGUGGCUAAGGUGGACAUCAGUGACAAGCAGAUUUCGUUGUCGGGACCGUUAAGUAUUCUGGGUCGCACAGUCGUUGUUCAUGCUGAUCCCGAUGACCUCGGUCUAGGCGGACAUGAGUUGAGCAAGACUACCGGCAAUGCGGGUGGUCGCUUGGCUUGCGGUGUAAUUGGAAUCUGCAAAAUCUAGAUCACCAUGUGCAGUGAUUCGUAAAACGUUUUCACUGUGAGCUAACCUUUGGGAGUUGGGAAAUGUGUCCUUUUUAAAUUCUGUGCUAAGCAUCCUUUACUUUUAAGUCAGAAAAGAACAAUGUAUGUUCUACAUCUCGAUCAAUAAAAUGAAAAACUCAUUCGUACCCUGAUCAUGA